UAAGCAUUAUGUAUGAGCACGGAAAAAAAUGUAGGACAUUUUAUUUUGAAACUCUUCACCGGAAAAAGAACUUGGGUUCAGUUAGCUACUAGCCGCCGAGGAAGAAAUAAAUCAACAAAUUAAUCAGUAAAUAGACUCAUUAAAAUGGCCGGGACAGCUUCAGUAGCGGGUGAAGUGUUUGUUGAUGCUUUGCCGUAUUUCGACCAAGGUUAUGAUGCGCCAGGUGUCAGAGAGGCGGCAGCUGCAUUGGUUGAGGAGGAGACAAGAAGGUACAGACCUACGAAGAACUACCUGAGCUACCUACCUACACCUGACUUCUCUGCUUUUGAGACAGAAAUUAUGAGAAACGAAUUUGAGCGGUUAGCGGCACGUUCGCCUAUGGAUCUUUUGAGCAUGAAAAGAUACGAGCUGCCAGCUCCAACUUCAGGACAGAAGAAUGACAUUACAGCGUGGCAAGAGUGUGUGAACAACUCCAUGGCCCAGCUGGAGCACCAAGCAGUUCGCAUUGAGAACCUGGAGCUCAUGUCACAGUAUGGAACAAAUGCAUGGAAAGUCUACAAUGAUAAUCUGGCUUUUCUGAUUGAGAUGGCUCAAAAGGAACUCCACAAAUUCAGGAAGCAAAUUCAAGAUUUGAACUGGCAGCGUAAGAAUGAUCAGCUGGCAGCGGGGGCCAAACUACGCGAGCUGGAGUCUAAUUGGGUGUCUCUGGUCAGUAAAAACUACGAGAUCGAGAGAGCCAUAGUCCAGCUGGAGAAUGAAGUAGGUCAGCUCCGGCAACAGCAGGGAGACGAGAACAAGGAGAACAUCUGUCAGGACUUCUGAAGAAUCACGCAAACUCAAAACUAACGUUCCCUCAAUCAGACACGUUUUCUACAGAUCUUUAAAUCAACCACAUGUUUAGGAUUUUCCACUAAAAACAUUGUUGGAAUGUUUAAAAUGAACUUUUAUCAGAAUCGUGUUUGCUCUAAGCAAAACUGUAGAUUCCGAUCUCAUCUUAUUUCAGGCUGAAAACGCAAACACACCUGUAAUAGUUUUAUUUUCUGUUUGCAGCGCUUUAGUAGGUGUUUGUUUUGUUUUGCAAUUUUGUCAUUUCAGACACAGCUGAGUUUUCAGUCCUAAGUUUUAUGUUUGUGCUACUGAUACCCUGGCAGUAGUUCCAAUAGUUACUACACAUAAGCCUCAUAAAUCUAGCUGUUUUUUAAGUUGCCUUUCAACAAAGUUUUUAGAAUUGUAAAUAAUUUGUCAGAUUUGAAGCCAAAAUGAAAGGACUCCACAUAACUUACAUUUACUAUUUUCUAAAAUGCUGUUUGUAACAAAAUGAGCUUUUAUAAUAACUUCCAUUGUCAUCUGUCUUUGUUUUUUGUAACACGUUUAUUUGAUAUUUUUAAGCUCAACUGGGUUUCUCAGUUUGACCAGAGAACAGACAUGAUCAGUUAUCUUUGCCCUCGUUUGGAGAUGAGGGCAAUAGGGAAUAUUUGUUCCUUUGUUUACUCAUUAGUGAUGUAAAAAGUCCAGGACAACCCCUCUGAUCAUUUUAAGUAGACACUGAAUAUUGUAACUUUUGUAAGUAGUUACUUUUAAUAAAUUGUCAAUAGAAUGUAAAGGUACUCAAUAAAAUGUAAUACUAGAUAUGGAUUAUAAAAUAA